AACACAACUUACUUUACCACCACACACAAACCUCCCCCGUUCCCAGACCUAGGAAAAAAACAACAACUCUACCACCACCAACCGCUGCCGUCGUCGCCAGCAUCAUCAUCACCAUCACCACCGCCGCCGCUGCCUCUGGAAAACCUCCCCUCGAUCUUCCGCCGCACCCGACGACGCAUGAGGUCCUACGGAUCCCCCCGCAAAACCCGCCGCUUUGCACUUCCCCUUACGACAAGUGCAUAGUUUCCUCCUUCCCCCCAUUGCCGCCUCAUCGUCCCGGUCGCUCUCGAGACGGCAUCCCGAUCACUCGUCCCCCCUUCCCCCUUUCCAGCAUCCAGACCAACUCAAGUCGUGCUGCUGGCGCCCCCCGACCUGCCUUGCAAGGCUCCCGGGUCGGAGGACAGCAGAAAUCGGUGCAGCGCAUGCCUCGCGCUUCAAACUCGUCGAAGCGACAGCAAGGCGCCGCCAACCAACGCGAUACCAGGCACGAAAAUGGUCUUGUAGGCCCCGCGAAGCGAGUCACCAACAAGAAGAGCCAGCCGAACCUCGACGCCGCUCCCUCUGCCCGGAACCCCUCCGACCAGAAUGCCGCUGCUUCGGCCCUCCCCUCGUCCCUCCCCAACGGUAACGGCUCCCCUAACGGCAAGCUCAAGCACCCAGCCCUCGCUGCCGCCCACGAUACCAUGGCUCGCGAUCACAGCAACGGCGACGCCGCCGCCCCCGCUGCGAGGCGGCCCUCGCUAGGUGGCUGCUCCGAGACCUCGUCGUCCGACUCGCUCUCCUCGGGCCUGCUCAACGGCGUCGUCGACGCCAGCCAUCGCCAGAUCGACGUCAAUGCCACCAAGAACGCCGACGUCCACCGCGACCCCGGCGGCCCUGUCGAAUUCGCUGCCACCGUCCUCAGAGCUCUGCCCCUCUACGACACCCUCGCCAUCCUCAUCCUGCUCAUGCAGGUCCCCCCCGUCGCCCUCUCCGGUAUCUACAUGGUCUUUACCUUUCUGACCUUCGUGCCCCCCGUCACCACUAGCUCUGGAAUGAACAUUAACCUGGCCGAGAUCUUCGAUUACAACUCCACCAUGCCCUCCCUCGUCACCGUUCUCUGCAUGGAUGUUUUCAUCCUCCUGGUCUGGUUGUUCCUCUGGCCCACCAUGCAGCUUGCCAUCCUCGAUUUUGCAAAGCCCGUCAUCGCCGCCACUCUCGGCGGCGGGUCCAAUACGAGAGAGGGAGCGUCGAGGAGCGUCACCACAUGCUUCUUCCUCGUCAUAGGGUCCCAUCUGCUACGUGGCUCAAGGUUCCACUGGUCCCGAGCCGCCAAGUUUCUCCCCGCCAACUGGCGAUUCUCGCCCGACCCGGACGACCCGUUAGAAUCCUUCUCUCGCGGUUUCGACAAGAGAGGGCCGCACGGGUGGAUCAAGAGCGUCCUCGCUAUACAUAUCUUGACGCAGGGCAUAGUGCGAUAUAUCCGGGAGUGGUAUCUAAGAAGAGAAAAGGGCAGCGCGUCGACACAGAGCAUAACGGAUCCGGAAGCAGGCAAGUCGUACGCCACCGACGCGGCCGCCGACACCGGGUUUGCUACGCCGGAUAGCGACACGACCUUCCAACAAAAUGCAACAGUAUCGAGUACAAAAAAGAAGAGAAAACAAAGCACACAGGUGCGCCUGCAGCAGCCGCUGUGGGCGGCCCUGGCGAGCACAAAAAUCGUCAUGGUCAAAGAGUACGAGCUGUCUCACGCAACGUCCGAGUCAGCCGGCUCCAACGCCACCGACAUUCACAAUCUGGGGAAUGCCCCAUUCGACAGCCAGGCCGAGCAGAUAUGGAUUUCCUACAUCGGCCACGACGAGGUUUGCUUCAACACCAGUCACUUCCCCGACAGCCCGAGCGCCGCGCCGAACGGUCACGUCUCGCGGCCCGCCGGGGUCGACACGUCGAAGCCCUUUUACGUCCGAGUGAACAACGCUUUUUGGCAGCCGACACGCAUUUUCCGCAUCCAAGACGACGAGCAGGACGAGCAACCCGGCCACCAUCGGUGGUGCGGCGACAUUUACGGACUGCGACCGCUGUCCAAGUACGUCUGCGAAUUUGUCGACACCCGCACGAACCGAGUCAUCUUUUCCACCAGCAUCCGCACCUCCUUCGCCCAGAACAAGGACCAGGAGGGCUCCGUCAACCCGCCCGUGAGCACGCCGCAGUCCCUCCGCCCGGACUCGCCCGCGACGACGCUCAAAAGCACCAUCAACGCAAACAACGAGCGCCUGGCGGAGGAGAAGUCGAGACUGAAGACGCUGCGCAAGGAGUGGAAGAACAAAAUCAGUUCGCUCAAGAAGGAGAACGAGAGACUCGACAACGUGAUCCAGUCGGCGGGCGGCAACGACGACAAGCACAGACAGAAGAUUAUCCAGCAGGAGAACACCAAAGCCCAGUCAGAGAAGGAGAUUGCCCAGCUUGAAGCAGAUCUCAAGGCGUUUGAAACAGCACCGGAAGGAUUCUACGAGCGCAAGAAACAGACGGAGAAGGAGUGGUCCGCCGAGAAGGCCGUCUUCGAUGCCGCAUCCAAGGAGUUCAAGGAGCACAAGGCCAGCAUCGCCAAGGCUGUAAAGGCCAAGGAGGACGAGCAGGCCAGCCUGCAGACCAAGCGGAACAAGAUUGCGGCGCGCAUCGCCAAGGUCGACAACGAGCUCGGCCGGAUCACGGACGCCAACAACCGCGGUCUCGACGAGGCCGAGCGACGGCGCCAGGCGCGAGGCGCGUGGCAAGCGGAGACGGCGACGAUCGAGAACAACUUCCGCGGCAGCAUCGCCGACAUCAAGGCGGCCAACGCCCUCAAGCAGGAGCAGGUCAACGCGCUGCUGCAGCAGCUCCAGGCGUACCACGAGCACAUGAACUACGCCACCGCCACGACGAUGCCGUUCGACAUUCCCGACCAACACCACCACCACCACCAUCACUCCCCGGCGCCCCAGACGACCAUGUCCGCGUACAACCCGGCCGUCCCCGCGUGGACGCCGCCGCCGCCGCCUGCCGCCGCCCUUACGUCGCAGUACAUGAUGCCGGCGGCCUCGAUGUGGCCGACGUCCAUGAUGACGGGGUCCGGGUCGGCGCUGCCGCUGCCGACGAACUCGACGCAGGCGGUCUGGGGCUACCCGCCGCCGCACCACAGCACGGUGUCGCUCAAGGCUAGAGGUCGUUCUUCGUCGAUGCUUAGCGACGUCUCGGGGUUCACGCAGUCUAGCAACGGCGACGACGAGUUCCUGUCGAUGCACAACACGCCCGCACAGAAGCCCAUGGCCCAGCGCACGCCGGUGACGUUUGCCUUGGCGCGGCGCCAACGCAGCGAUGGCGCCGGGUCCGGCGGCAGCAGCGUGCGCAGCGGCAGCGCCAGCGGGAGCGGCAGCACGCGGGACCCUCAGAGUCCGGCUUGACUGCUGCGGUCGCCGCGGUCGGUCGGUCGGGGAAAAGGAUGUGGAGAAGGAGUCUGUCCGUCUGUUUCUUGCUUUGUUCGGUAGUCGACUUUUUUUAUCUGAAAAAAGCUGGGAGAAAAGAUUUCUUUGCUGGGUCAUCCUGUCCGUACUGGUAGCGACGCGGUCUGUCCGCCGGCGUUGUGCGAGUCCCCCCCCUCCCGGAGGGGGGGGUCCACGGCAACGUCGACGGCGGAUACACGGGCGCCGCCCCGGAACGGGUGUCGGUAUCGAUUUUUCUGUCUCGCGAAAAAUGGAAAAAGUUGUGCCUUUGUUUAACCUACCGGUCUCUUGCCCCCCCUGACUUGCAAAACGUGACGUGAUGCCCGUGAUAUAAGGACCGUCUGAUUGUCUAACCAAGGCAGCUUACCCUGCAC